UUUUCCCGUUUAAUACGUGUCCCCCGCUCGCCAAAUCCCGCUUGCAGCUUCCUUCCUACUGCACAGAGUCAAGCGGCGUAUGUGAAAGAAAGAACCUCGGUGGCCGGUGGUCAGACAUGGGGGAAACUAUCCUACCUCGGCGCCUGUUCCUCUGGUGCAUGGCGCUCAUCUACAUGGUAGCUUUUGUUUCCCUCUACGUUCAGAUACCAGGUCUGUAUGGGAAUGAUGGGCUGCUCCCUGCCCGCUGGCAGCUGCGGUACACUGGGAAGUCUCUCCUGGAACAGCUGCUGACCUCUCCCACCCUGCUGUGGCUGGGACCCCGCCUUGGCCUGGACACCCAGACGGCCAUGGAGCUGCUGUGCCUCACUGGGGCCGCUCUGAGCCUGGCAGCCACGCUGCUGGAGCCUCUGAGGGACAGCCUGGUCUUCUUCUGCCUCUGGGCCUUGUACUUGUCUAUGUACCAAGUAGGCCAGGUGUUCCUUUACUUCCAGUGGGACAACUUGCUGCUUGAGACCGGGUUCCUCUGUAUCCUCGUGGCUCCCCUGACAUUAAUAAGGGGAUCUCGAACGGUCAGAGAUCACGAUCCUGUGACCUUCUGGCUGAUUCGCUGGCUGCUCUUCAGGCUGAUGUUUGCCUCAGGAGUGGUGAAGCUCACCUCACGUUGUCCCACAUGGUGGGGCCUCACAGCUCUGACAUAUCAUUAUGAAACUCAGUGCAUCCCUACUCCACUGGCCUGGUUUGCCCACCAGUUGCCGGUCUGCUGGCAGAAGCUCAGCGUAGUGGGAACGUUCAUUAUAGAAAUCCCUGUACCGUUUCUCUUCUUCAGUCCUUUGCGACGGCUGCGACUUGCCGCCUUUUAUAUGCAGUUGCUUCUUCAGGUGCUCAUCAUUUUGUCCGGUAAUUACAACUUUUUCAAUCUGCUGACGGUGACCCUCUGUCUGUCCCUUCUGGAUGACCGCCACGUCAACUUUUGGCUCCGCAAAGCAGACAAGUCUGGAGACGAGAACAACGACUCCAAGCUGUUGAUGUGGCUUUCUCGCUUAGCGGAGCUGCUAGUUUGGGCUCUCAUGAUCUUUGGAACAAUUAUCUGCUUCGACCUGCAGGUGGAUUCAGCUAAGAACAGUGUCUCAUCGCGCACAGCAUUCACAUACCACCAGUUUAACCAGUUUCUGAAGACUGUCACCAUCCCCUGCAUCUGGAUCGGUGUCCUCUCGCUCACCUGGGAGUUGGUCACAUCCAUGUUCAGGUAUGUAGCGUGUUCUCUGAUUUUUGGAUCCUUGUCAUUCAAGUUGUUAAUCCUACUUCAAUGUGAAUUCAUGUGCAGGUGUGCGUGCAUCUCUAGCUUCCUGAAGCGGUUUUGGGGGAUGAUCCAGUGGACGGUGUUUUCUGCUGCUGCUGUGUCGAUGUUUGCAGUCAGUCUGGUGCCUUUUAGCUACAUAGAGUAUGACUCUCACUCCAGGUUGUGGCCGGGGGUGCGUCAGGCGUACGGACUGGUGGAUCGCUACCAGCUAGUCAACUCCUACGGCUUGUUCAGAAGGAUGACGGGAGUGGGUGGGAGGCCAGAGGUGGUCAUUGAAGGGAGCAACGAUGGGAACACAUGGACGGAAAUUGAGUUCAUGUACAAGCCAGGGAACGUCAGUGCGUCUCCCCCUGUGGUGACGCCACAUCAGCCUCGCUUGGACUGGCAGAUGUGGUUUGCAGCUUUGGGGCCUCAAACCCAGAGUCCUUGGUUCACUAGUCUGAUGUACCGACUCCUGCAAGGCAAAAAAGAAGUGAUUGAACUGAUCCAGACGGAUGUAUCCAAGUAUCCAUUUCACGAGGAGCCGCCUACCUACCUGCGAGCUCACCGCUAUAGAUACUGGUUUACUGAACCAAAGGCCGAUGGAUCUUUUCCAGAGCGCUGGUGGAGGAGAGUCUAUGAUGAGGAGUUCUAUCCCAGAGUGCACUUGGGCAACACCUUCUUGGAGGGCAUGCUCACCCAGUUUGGACUAAAGGACAAGUCGGCUUCACGUCGGGUUUCCAACACCACUGUUGCCCAAGCGGUGAGGUGGGUACGUGCUCAGGUCAGAGGCGUUCCUGCCCACACUCUCAUCUGGACUCUCAUUGCCUGUAGCGCCACCUUCUGUCUGCUCCAGGGUUUGCGUGGCAAGAACAGGCAUACAGAGCAGACUGCAGUCACCAAUAAGGCGGCUGAGAAGGUGGACGAUCUCAACGAGGGUGGAGAUGAAAGCUUGUCAGAUCAUUCAGAGGAAAAACAGGCAAAGGAGGGUGAGAGUGAAAAGAACACUGACGAUGAAGAGGAGGAGGAAAAUGAGCAAAAGUCAGUCAGUGAAAAUGAUGAUGAGGAAGAGUUGGUGAAGAAAGAUGAGAGUCAUGACGAAAGUUUUUAGAGACGUUUCAGACUUUGUUCACCACCUGCCUUAAAAAAAAAAAAGCCAGAGAACAUUUCUUCUUCUUCAUCAGCCACAGUUUCU